GCGACUGUGACGGGUGUUCCAGCGACUGUGACGGGUGUUCCAGCGACUGUGACGGGUGUUCCAGCGACUGUGACGGGUGUUCCAGCGACUGUGACGGGUGUUUCAGCAACUGUGACGGGUGUUCCAGUGAUUGUGACGGGUGUUCCAGCGACUGUGACGGGUGUUCCAGCAACUAUGAUGGGUGUUCCAGCGACUGUGACGGGUGUUCCAGCGACUGUGACGGGUGUUCCAGCAACUAUGACGGGUGUUCCAGUGAUUGUGACGGGUGUUCCAGCGACUGUGACGGGUGUUUCAACGACUGUGACGGGUGUUUCAACGACUGUGACGGGUGUUUCAACGACUGUGACGGGUGUUUCAACGACUGUGAUGGGUGUUUCAACGACUGUGACGGGUGUUUUAACGACUGUGACGGGUGUUUCAACGACUGUGACGGGUGUUCCAGCGACUGUGACGGGUGUUCCAGUGACUGUGACGGGUGUUCCAACGACUGUGACGGGUGUUCCAGCGACAGUGACGGUGUUCCAGCGACUGUGAUGGUGUUCCAGCGACUGUGA